AUACAAGUCAAUACGCUCGUGAAUGAGGAUAUCCAGCUGUACACUCCGUAGUUGUCCAACGCGGGCUAUUGCCCUGGUGGUUUCGUUCUCUUACCAAUAACUCUCCAAAGGCUUUUUCGCAAGUGAUGAAUAUUCUGAAUUGCGUGGCUGAGGAGACCUGCGACUGAUACCAGUACAAACUCACAGGUUUCAAUUUUUAUCAGUACACUUUCUUCAUCGGAGAGAGAGAGUCAUCUCGAAAGUGCGCGCUUUACUCUAGUGGGGAAAGGGAUAUUACGGAUUCUACGUGCAGUUUUUCAUUCUGAGGACAAUAUGCCUCAGACACCACUGCUGACCGGCAUGCUGGUCUCCAGGGGUUACAACAAUAAGAACCUGUACCAGAGUCCGAACCAGACCAAGGAGGAGGGAUACGGUAACGCAGGACUGUGUUACCGUGACAACGCCCUUGUGUCGGGCUCACUGGAGGCCCUCAUACACCACCUGGUCCCUAGCAUGGACUACUACCCUGACAUGACGUACUCUUUCACCUUCCUGCUCUCCUCUCGUCUAUUUAUCCACCCCUACGAGCUCAUGUCCAAGGUGUGUCACCUGUGUGUGGAGCAGCAGAGACUGAGUGACCCUCAGGCAGACAAGAUGAGGAUCAGGAAGUUGGCUCCCAGGAUCCUCCAGCUGCUCCAGGAGUGGACAGAGACGUUCCCUUACGACUACAGAGACGAGAGGAUGAUGAGGAGCCUGAAGGAGUUAACCCAACGCAUGGCCUCAGGAGAUGAGCUGUACAGGAAGGUGGUUCACCAGAUGAUUCAGGUCCUAAUCAGGAAGCUGACUACUCUGAGCCAGUACGAGGAGGCCCUGGUCAAGGUCAAUGCUACAGCCACAGACCGACUGACUGUGCUCAAGGCCAAGCCUCAGGCCAUACAGAGGGACAUGUUGUCUGUCUGCAACGACCCCUUCACCGUGGCACAGCAGCUCACUCACAUAGAACUGGAGAGACUGAGUUACAUCGGACCAGAGGAAUUCAUCCAGGCGUUUGAGAAGAAAGACCCUCUUGAUAAUGAUAAGAGCUGUUUCAUCGAUCACAAGAAGACUAGCAACCUGGAGGCGUAUGUAGAGUGGUUCAACAGACUCAGCUUCAUGGUGGCCACAGAGAUCUGCAUGCCCGUAAAGAAGAAGAAGCAGCGAGCGCGAGUCAUGGAGUUCUUCAUCGACGUGGCGCGGGAGUGUUUCAACAUCGGCAACUUCAACUCCCUCAUGGCCAUUAUCUCUGGGAUGAACAUGAGUCCUGUGUCUCGACUGAAGAAGACCUGGAGCAAAGUCAAGACGGACAAGUUUGACAUCUUGGAGCUCCAGAUGGAUCCUUCCGGUAACUUCUACAACUACAGAACAGCGUUUAGAGGAGCGACGCAGAGGUCCAGAACAGCCAACAGCACUAGAGAGAAGAUCGUCAUCCCGUUCUUCAGCCUACUGAUCAAAGACAUCUAUUUCCUGAACGAGGGAUGUUCCAACAGGAUGCAGAAUGGCCAUGUAAACUUUGAGAAAUUCUGGGAGAUGGCGAAGCGGGUCAGCGAGUUCAUGGUUUGGAAGAAGGUGGAGUGUCCGUUUGAGAAGGACCGUAAGAUCCUCCAGUAUCUGCUCACCGCACCGGUCUUCAGCGAGGACACUCUGUGUCUGGCCUCCUAUGACAGUGAAGGCCCUGAGAAUAAUAUGGAGAAGGACAGAUGGAAGUCUUUGAGAUCUACUCUGCUAAGUAGAGUCUAGAGUUUCUGAAGGAGGAACCAAGUCAACCCAGUCUGACAACCAAGCACUGUGGGGGAUGUCCAAAUAACAUAAUUCCUGUUUGGAUGGGAAACAACAAUCUGACCUGUUCUGUUUAGCAGAUCAGGAACUGUUCUGUUCUCCGGUCAUGGAGAGUUUGGUCUUCUUCAUGUUGUAUGUUUCCAGGAAAACUUUUUUCAUCUCUUUUGAAUGAAUUUCUAUACUUAAAUUUUUUGGGGAAACAAAUAAAUAAUAAGUUACGACCAUCGUGAGGAGGAGAGGAAAGUCCAGGGAAAUGUUUUUGUUGUCCUUUUGGCGACUGCUGAAAACGUAACAAAACACACCGUGUAUUUACACCGGGUGACACUGUUGAUAAAAAUCUCCAGAUAUUUUGAAGAUGUAUUUGACUUUCUACAGGAGUUGAGAGUUGGGCUGCUGGAUGGCCAACUGAUUCAGUCCUAACGUGUACAACGAACAGGCUUCUCUCUCUCUCUCUCUCUCUGUGUCUCUCUUUGUCUGUCUCUCUCUCUUUCUCUCUCUCUGUCUCUCUUUCUCUCUCUCUCUUUGUCUCUCUCUCUCUCUGUGUGUGUCUC